GGCUGUGCAAUGAUAGAAGCAGGGAUUUGUGAUUUUAUUUACUUGUGAACCAUAGUAUGAAUUUUCUGGAUAGUGUGUAUGGAUGUUAUAUAAAUACGAUAGUUAUUACGCGGCAGCAUGUUAAUGGCGGUAUGAAAUUGGUAUUUCUGCUGUUCGAAAAAGCAUUCAUUCAUGGAGCUGAUUUUAUAAAGACAUCUACGGGCAAAGAAACAGUGAAUGCUACAUUACCUGUUGGGACUGUCAUGGCAAGAGCUAUUCAUGAUUAUUUUGAUGAAACUGGAUGUCAGGUAUCUGAUAUGCCUAAUAGCUGAUUUGUUUGAUACUAAUUUUGGUUUACAGUUUAACUUUCCGGAGACGUUUAUGAGAAGCUGAAAAGCUUCAGUUUUUAAAAUAGACAAAAUUUGGCCUUAGAUUGUUUUGAUUAUAUGGAAAUUUUUACUUGAGAGACCUAUAUCAUAUUCUCUCAAGAAACAUAGUAUAUUUCUUAAACCCUGUUUGCUGCUGAAUGUAAACCAUUAAGUUCUGUUCUAUGAAGCUUAGUAGUAAUUUCCACUUAUAAGAGUGAAAAAUAACAAUUUUAUGUCUGAAAGAAAGAAAAUAAAAGA